AGAUGGGAACUGGAGAGUCGUGUGUAUGGUUGUGAAGAGCUCACUGUCGAAGAUCAACUCCAUGGGCAUACUGCCGAUGAUGCUCAUAACAGGGAUGGGAGGCAGUUAUGUGAUGUAUAAGAGACGAGAGUAUCUCAACACGCUGGACAAACGGCAUCAUACGAGGGAAAUCACAGACAAAUGCUACAUGGACAUUGGUAUUGGGAAUAAGUAUGCUGGCCGGAUCAUCAUUGGUCUUUACUCGAGACGGGUGCCAAUGACGUGCGAGAAUUUCGUGCAACUUUGUGAAGGUUAUAAGGUUGGGGAAGGGGAAACGGAGAGGCUAGUAGGGUACAGGAAUACGCUAUUUUACAAAGUUCAACCGGGACUGGCCAUAUUUGGUGGUGACACUGUGACGGGCUCGGGCCAGUCGCGCGGUAUGAGCAUAUACGGUCGGAAGUACCCGGAUGAGAACUAUCAUAUGCGGUUCGUGCAAGAUGGUGACGUGGCCUCAAUGGGGUGGGGACCCAAUACUAACUCAUCUCACUUCAUGAUAACCCUGCUGCCGAGCCCUCCUCUGCACGGCCGUUAUGUUGUCUUUGGCACUGUACUUAGAGGGAUGAAGAUAGUGAGAGGCAUUGGCGACCAGGCUACACGAACAGGCCAGUUGGUCGAAGAGUGUCGAGUCCUCCAAUGUGGACUGUACAGGGAUGAGUGCCCACCUCCCGUGCCCCAAGAGUUCCUGGACACCCACAAGCCGACGAUGACUCAGAUCGAUUGGGAGCGGUACGACCGUGAGGUUCAGACCCGACUCUCGGAAUUCGAGAAAAGUGGUGAAAGGAGGCCCGAACAUGUAGCAAGCACUUCGGCGCAAAAGGUGACCGGAUGA